AUGCAUUUUGAGAUAACAUUGGCGCUAGAGGAAAUCUUUACCAAAACCAGUGUUGAAUUUGUUAAAUGCCCUGCUGAAGAUAUGGAAGAGGAACAAGCUAUUAAAAGAUCUAGAAACACUGAUGAGAUGGUUGAAUUAUGCAUUCUGCUUCAGAGCAAGAAUGCUGCAGCAGUGAUAGGAAAAGGAGGCAAGAAUAUUAAGGCUCUCCAUACAGACUACAAUGCCAGUGUUUCAGUCCCAGAUGGCAGUGACCCCCAGCGCAUACUGAGUAUCAGUGCUGAUAUUGAAAUGAUUGGAGAAAUUCUGAAGAAAAGCAUCCCUACCUUGGAAGAUGGCCUGCAGUUGUCAUCACCCACUGCAACCAGCCAGCUCCCGCUCGAAUCUGAUGUUGUGGAAUACUUAAAUUGCCAACACUAUAAAGGAAGUGACUCUGACUGUGAGAUGAGACUGUUGAUUCAUCAGAGCCCCGCAGGAGGAAUUAUUGGAGUCAAAGGUGCUAAAAUCAAAGAACUUAGAGAGAACACUCAGACAACAAUCAAGGUUUUCCAGGAAUGUUGUCCUCAAUCUACUAACAGAGUCGUUCUUAUCGGAGGAAAACCUGAUAGGUUUGGAGAGUGCAUAAAGAUCAUCCUUGAUCUUGUAUCUGAGUUUCCCAUCAAAGGACACACUCAGCCUCACCAUCCCAAUUUUUAUGAUGAAACCUAUGACUAUGCUGAUUUUACAAUGAUGUUUGAUGACCGCCAUGGAUGUGCUGUGGGAGUUCUCAUUCAGGGAAGAGGUGGCUUUGAUGGACUGCCACCUGGUCUGAGUGGGGUUCCCAUGCCUCUUUCCAGAGGAGAUUAUGAUGAUAUGAGACCUCAUCAAGGACCUCCUCCACCCCCUCCUGGAGGAGGUGGCCAGGGUGGUAGUAGAGCUCGGAAUUUUCCUCUUCCACCACCACCACCACCUAAAGGAGGAGAUCUAAUGGCCUUUUACAGAAGAGGAAGACCUGAAGACCAUUACCAUGGAAUGAUUGGUUUCAGUGCUGAUAAAACCUGGGACUCUGAAAUAGAUACAUGGAACCCAUCAGAGUGGCAAAUGGCUUCUGAACCACAGGGUGGCUCUGGAUAUGAUUAUUCCUAUGAAGGGGGUCAUGCCUCAUAUGGUGAUCUUGGUGGACCUAUUAUUACUCCACAAGUAACUAUUCCCAAAGAUUUGGCUGGAUCUAUUGGCAAAGGUGGUAAGCGGAGUAAACAAAUCCGUCAUGAGUCAAAAGCUGCGAUCAAAAUUGAUGAGCCUUUAGAAGGAUCCAAAGAUCAGAUCAUUACCAUUACAGGAACACAAGACCAGAUACAGAACGCAGAGUAUUUGCUGCAGAUCAGUGUGAAGCAGUAUUCUGGAAAGUUUUUCUAAGACUAGUGAAGAACUG